GUGGUGUUGCUGUUGUUGCUGGCGCGGGCCCGCCAGGACCCGAGCCGGACCGCACCGCGAGAAUUCACGACGACGAGGAGGAGGAUAUUACCGAGAGGGAGGACGAGGAGGAGGACGACGAUCCGUGCAGCUCGCCAGAGCCCGACCUUGAAAACGAGUCCGAACCAAUGGAGAUCCAAGCGUCGGCUGUCACUGCGGCAGCCGCGAACCUCCACGCGCUACGCCAGCACGUAUUCAAGAUGUCGGAUUACUGGCAGCAGCCGCAGCGCGGUCCACCCCAACAUUCGCCGGGGAUACAACACAGUCCUAUCUCCAAUUCGACGCAACAGCACCAGCAGGUACAGCAGUUGCACAGUCCGCUGGGUCAGCAGCAGCAACAACAGCAGCAGCAACAGCAAGCCGCGGUGUCGCAAGUGCAGCAGAACACGAACGCGAGUCUCGGCCAAACUGCGAGUCCCCAGCAGCAGAUGCAGCAGCAGCAGCAGCAGCAGCAGCAACAGCAGCAGCAGCAGCAGCAGCAGCAGCAGCAUGCCAUGUCGAUGAACCAAACGAGCCAAGGUCCGCAACAUCAGUCUUCCCCAGCACCGACCACGCCGUCGCCACAGGCGGACCAUCAAGGUGCCAUCGCCUCCAGCAUGGCACAGAGCCUGCACAGCCUCGCGCAAGCACAACAGACCAUGUCGCAAGCGUCGAGCCCGUCGCUGGCGGUGCAAGCUGUUCAAGCGGCGCAAGCCCUUAAUCAGAACCUUGGCCAGGCGCUGACCCAGGCGCUAACACAGAACAUGCAGCAGAACCUUGGACAGACUCUGCAGCACAACCUGGCGCAGAGUCUGACGCCAAAUCUAUCGCCGCAACAACAACAACAGUUGCUCAAUCAGCCGCAGAAUCUGAGUCAAGCGAGUCAGAGCCUGCAACAGAACAUCCAGAGCCAGGCGCAAAACCUCUCGCAGACGUUACAGCAGCAGGCGCAGAAUCUUACGCAGAACCUCGGCCAGGCGCUCAACCAGCAGGCGCUGCAGCAACAGGCGCAGAACCUCACGCAGAAUCUGCAGCAACAGGCGCAGAAUCUUACACAGAACCUCGGCCAGGCGCUCAACAUGGCCGGCACCAUCGCGCAAAACGGCGGUCUCGCCGGUAUGAACAUGUCGGGCGGUCAGCAACAAAAUUCUCAAAACUCAAUGCUGAGCCCAGGCGCGACCAGUCAGGACUCCCACGACGCCACGCUCACGGAAAAGCUCGUCAACGAGUUGCAGUCUCGUGCCUCUGCGGCGGGGCUUGGAGGUGCAGUAGGUGCCGGCGGUGGUGGAGGAAUGGGCAACAUCAGCGAACGCACCCUCGAGGAAUGCUGGUCCACCCUGCAGCGAUUCUUCUCGCAGAUCUUCAUGCACAAGAGCGCGAUGCAGAUGCACGCGAGGGAGCUGGGCGCGGGUGCACUGACGGGGAGACCCGGCGGCGGCGUCGCGGGCAGCCUGGCCGGCCUAGGCGUCGGUGUCGGCGUCGGCGUCGGACCGGGUGGCAUGAUCGCCAGCAACGAGGUCAAGCCGCACCAGUGCCAGCAGUGCCUCAAGUCGUUCUCCAGCAACCACCAGCUCGUGCAGCACAUCAGGGUCCACACCGGCGAGAAGCCGUACAAGUGCAGCUAUUGCGACCGCAGGUUCAAGCAGCUCAGCCACGUGCAGCAGCACACACGACUGCAUACGGGUGAACGACCGUACAAGUGCCAUUUACCGGACUGCGGGCGGGCCUUCAUCCAACUGUCGAAUUUGCAGCAACACCUGAGGAAUCACGACGCUCAGGUGGAGCGGGCGAAGAACCGGCCGUUCCACUGCAACAUCUGCGGCAAGGGCUUCGCCACGGAGUCCAGCCUCCGUACCCACACGUCGAAGGUCAGUCAUUGUUCGAAGUACCCAUGGCAACGAUUAAAGGAGUUGCAACAGCGUGUUGUGUUCCAGCAACACGCCGCCCUGAUCGGCGGCCCGAACGCAACCAGCUGUCCAGUAUGCCACAAGCUCUUCCUCGGCGGCGAGGCGCUGAUGGAGCACAUGAAGCACACCCACAAGGACCCGAACGCCUCCGGAGUUGCCAUUCCCUCCGCUGACUGCACAACCUCCGUUGCCGGGGUUUACCUAGCGAAGCGACGGACCGCCAACCACCCGUGCCCAGUGUGCGGGAAGCACUACGUCAACGAGGGUAGCCUUAGGAAGCAUCUGGCCUGCCAUCCUGAGACCAGUCAACUUAGCACGAGCCUCAGGAUGUGGCCGUGCUCGGUGUGCCAAGCCGUCUUCACUCACGAGAGCGGUCUCCUGAGCCACAUGGAGCACAUGAGGAUGGAUCCGAAGCAUCAGUUCGCGGCGCAGUAUGUGCUGAGCCGCGCGGCCGCCGAAAGGCGAGAAAGGGAGAUCCUCGCGAGUUCGAGUUUAGGAGCGGGCUUGGGUGUGUUGGGAAGUCAAUCCGGAGGACCGCAAAAUUUGCAACAACCGCCUAUGUGCCCGUCACCGUCUGCCCAUUCGGACAGCAGUAGCGGCAACGGAAGACUCUCGUCGGCCGGUAGUGAACCUGAUUUUUGCGCAGGCACCGGUCUACUGAACAAUAACAACAACAACAACAACAACAACAUGGCGUCGCCGGGACCGAGCGGCAACAAGCUCAGCGAGAUGCUGCGGGCGGGAAGUCAACCGGGCUCGGCGCAGCAGUACCACGACGAGAUGCAGUCGCAGCAGCAACGUAUGGCUGUCAUGGCCGCGGCGGUGUCAGCGGGACUACAAAAUUCUGUGUCGCCUAAUCUUUCGCCGGUCGACAUGGCGUCGCUUGCGGCAGCUAUGAGGAUGGGCAAUAACGGUGACAUGAGCGGCGGUACUCAAGGUUCGACGGGACCCCAACAGCAAGGAGUGCAGGCGAGCGGACCGGAGCAGGCUCUGAGGAUGCAUCAGGCGGAAGCUCUGCUCCGUUCUCAGGCCGAAGCCGCCCUUAGACUCGCGGUGUCUCAAGCGGCGGCAGCCGCGGCGAGUUCCGCGGUGGGCGGCGAUGUGAGGCAUCAUCUGGGACAGCACAACGGAGGUAGCACCUCCGGCAUGCCGGGACACCAUACGAAUCAACAAAUGUCCCAACAGGACACCCUAUCGCCGGAUCUCGGAGAAGCGCUACGGCUGCAGGAGCAGCGAUUAGAGCAGGCCCUCAGGCUGCACGGUGACCCGCGCGCCCUGAGCUUCACUCUCCAGCACGUCGUCAACCAGCAGAGCAAUCAGCAACCAUGAAAGUUCAGUUACUACUGAGACGAGUGGACCCCUUGGGCGCCGGAUCAGACGACCCUGCCGAGCGAACGCAUCAACCAGCAGUCGUCGCAACCGUCGACGGAGCGUUCGACACCGUUGCACGAUCAGCAACAGCCGCAGCAACAGCAGCAGCAGCAGGGCCCGUCUUCCAUCGGUCAUCAGCAGCCGCAGCAACAGCCGCAGCAGUCUGAGGACCGUGGCGUCAAGAGGAAAGCCGACGAAAUGAUCGGUAAUUCCGAAAAUGCGUAAGAGCGAUCACGCGCACAAGGCCGACGACGACGACGUCGUCGUCGUCGCCACCGGCGUGACUCGCCCGAGCGCCCAAGUGCGGUCACUAGAAUUUCGCUCAUCGUCUCAGCAGUAAGAAAACAUAAAACGGACAGACUUCGAGAGUAACAGUGUGGUACUUCGGUGUCUUCCCGCGCGGAUAGAACCGACACUGGCCGGACCAGCCGGAUCCGGGCGAGCGAUCGGGAGAGGGUGAGAAACCUUCCCGAUCGACCGCCGACCGCCGGCUGCAUCCGCGUCCCGACGAAGGGAGAGUGAGAAUACGUACGUGUAUAGCAAAACCGUUGCACGGCGCGAGGCGGUAGGAUCUCGCAGUGGCGGCGGUCGUCUCCCGCGAUGAGUCUGCCCGACUCCGCGUCCUUGUUCCUAACUACACCGGUCCUGAACGAGGGAUCUACCAAGCGGACUCUCCCCGUGGUGGUGGCGGCGCGUAGUCGACGGCGCUCUCGCAUAGGCGACGCGCACGAAGGUAGCACUGUCGCAUAACGAGGGAGCGUUUUCCGGCUCCCUCCGCGGCCGCGAGGAGCGCAGUCUUGUCCAAGAAAGAGAGAAAGAGAAAGAGAUAGAGAAAGAAAGCGAGCAAGAGCGGCGUCGACCGCGCGGAGGAGCGUAACGACUCCUUGGAAACGUCGCCUCUCACUGGAGUGUCCCAUCAGGAUUCUCAGGACACGUCGCCACUGCCGUGCCCGCCGCCUCGACUCCCGAAACGUGCCAUAAUACUAACGAGAAGCUGCUAAAACAAACCAUUAAGUCAUCCUGGGAUGCCGAGCUCCCCUCGGGGGGAGGGGGGACGGUCUUCCCAGGGUGCGCCAAGGUACUAUGAUAGUACAAGAGCCGAUAACGCGGCGACGCGACGGUGUCCGAGGGUCCAACGGGCGAUCCUCGACCGUCUCGUGUGCCGGGCUCAAAACAAACCUAAACUAUAUAUAUAUAAAUAUACAUACACACAAUAGAUACAUCUCUAUCUUACCGGACCGCAACUCUUAAGGUUCCACACACCUCCCCCCCCCCCCCCC